GCUUUUCGUCCCGUACCAACCACGUGAAAAAUGGUGCUUGCGGAACUUGGCCGAAAAAUUACAUCCGCUCUAAGAUCUUUGGGCAAUGCAACAAUCAUAAACGAAGAUGUUUUAAACGGGCUUCUCAAGGAAAUCUGUACUGCACUCAUCGAGUCCGAUGUAAAUAUCCGGUUAGUUAAACAACUCAGAGAAAAUGUCCGGGCUGUGAUUGACUUUGACGAAAUGGCGGCUGGAUUGAAUAAGCGAAAGAUCAUUCAGUCUGCUGUAUUCGAGCAACUGGUUCAUCUGAUUGACCCGCAAGUCAAAGCGUGGCAACCGACGAAAGGCACAUCGAACGUCAUCAUGCUUGUUGGUCUUCAAGGUAGCGGUAAAACUACAACGGCCACCAAAUUGGCCUACUAUUAUCAGCGAAAAAACUGGAAAACAUGCAUGAUUUGUGCUGAUACUUAUCGAGCUGGUGCAUUCGACCAGUUAAAACAAAAUGCUACCAAGGCUCGCAUCCCUUUCUACGGUUCUUAUACGGAAACAGAUCCUGUUGUGAUUGCACGUGAUGGUGUGCAGAAGUUUGAAGACGAAUCGUUUGAAAUUAUCAUUGUGGAUACAAGUGGUAGACAUAAGCAAGAAGAUUCCCUGUUUGAAGAAAUGUUGCAGGUAUCCAAUGCUAUCGAACCAGACCAAGUCAUUUACGUUAUGGACGCGUCCAUUGGUCAGGCUUGCGAAGCUCAGGCGAGCGCCUUCAAGUCUAAGGUUGACGUUUCGUCUGUGAUUGUGACCAAGUUGGACGGACAUGCGAAAGGUGGCGGGGCACUCAGUGCUGUGGCUGCUACUCACAGUCCCAUUGUGUUCAUCGGCACUGGAGAGCAUAUUGAUGACUUUGAGCCUUUCCGGGUCAAGCCCUUUGUACAGAAGCUUCUUGGUCUUGGUGAUCUUGAGGGUCUCGUGGAACGAGUUACUGAAUUGAAGUUGGACGAGAAUGAAGAAUUGGUGAAGAAGCUGAAGCAGGGUGUAUUCACACUACGCAACAUGUAUGAGCAGUUUCAGAAUAUUUUGAAAAUCGGUUCCUUUUCGCAAGUCCUUUCGGCCAUUCCAGGACUUGGACAAGACUUGUUGGCCAAUGACCAAGAAAGUCACAAGCGUCUAAAACGCCUGAUGACCAUUAUGGAUAGUAUGAAUGACUACGAAUUGGAUUCAGACGAGGGCGCUCGACUGUUCAAUCGCCAACCCGGCCGUACUCUACGUGUGGCCCGUGGCGCUGGUGUGAGUCAGGCGGAAGUUAAGCUGCUACUCACACAACACACAAAGUUCUACAUGGUUGUGAAGAAAAUGGGUGGUAUCAAAGGUUUAUUCCAGACCGGCCCCCGUGCAGGUGUUAGUGGGCCUAGUGGACCGGGAGGCAAUCCACCAAGCUUGUCCGAGAUGGCUGCAGCCUCGCGCUCGGUGAGUGCAGGUCAAAUGGCCAAGCUCAAUCAGUCGAUGGCCAAGGUGUUGGACCCUCGGAUUCUGCAUCAGAUGGGCGGGAUGGCUGGCUUGCAGAAUAUGAUGCGCCAGCUUCAGACGGGCGGAGCUUUUGGAGGACGCAUGGGUUAAUCGGAAUGCUGAGUGCAUGGUACACAACCGGAACGUCUUUCGUUGCCAAUAUUCAGCCCAAUGGCCCUCUUUCCCCCACUCUAUGUACAGCGUUUUCAUCCUCAAUCGGCAAUCGACGUGUGUUUAGACCUACUCUACUAGGUCGGGCAGUGGUUGACUUCACUUUUUUUCGCCUAGGCAAUGUGUUCUUCUUUGAUUUGCAAUUUGCACGAUGACCGAACACUCGUUUGUACCUGCUGAAUUUUCACUCCACUGAUCGGUUGAAUCCGAUUCGGCUGUCUGGUUGAGUAUCAGGUUUACGCUUCCUUAUGAGUGGCGGCUGUUCCCUAGACACUUCAGGUAAUCUCACCAGAACGUAUCAUAUAUGCGUACCUACCCAGUUCAACACCGUUAGCUUACUGUAUUUUUAUAUCAGGUUGAGACAUGUUGACUCAGUAGAAGGCAUUUGGGAUGUUUGGUGGGUCUGGAAAGCGGUUACCAUGAUAGAUAGACGUGACGGUUACGUCUAUUCCUAACACUAAAUUCAUAUUUAUGUAAUUAGA